AAAAAAAAUUGAAAACCCCAAAAUUUCUAGGGAUUCGACCUAUUUAAUAAAGAAAAAAUUAUUAUUGGGAGGGUUUGGAUUUUGUUUCCGAGCUUGAAAGCGAUUGGGUUUUGGGUUCUGCGUACUGCGUAGCACGUCUUUGUUUAUAUUAAAAGUAGCUACUGCACUGCACAGUGUCGAAGAAAGAGAUCCAUGGCAACGCCAACCACCAUUGAUGUUUCUCACUUCCACCACACUCCUUUUUAUUGUGAGGAGAAUGUGUACUUGCUUUGCAAGAAGUUGUGCAAUGAUGGAAUAUCGAAUUCUGAAGGAUCUGAUCUUUUUGUUGUUUUCAUCUCCAAUGAAAAGAAGCAGAUUCCACUUUGGAAUCAAAAAGCUAGCAACAGGGCAGAUGGGGCUGUUCUAUGGGAUUACCAUGUCAUUUGCAUUCAGAUUAAUCAAGCAGGUGACAAACCACUAGUUUGGGACUUAGAUUCAAAGCUUCCUUUUCCCUCACCUCUAGCUUCAUAUGUGUCUGAAACGAUUCGCCCUUCCUUUCAACUUUUUUCUGAUUAUGAUAGAUUAUUCAGAAUUGUGCAUGCUCCUAUCUUCCUUAGUUGUUUUGCAUCUGAUAGAAGACACAUGAAAGGUUCUGAUGGACAUUGGAUUGAAGAGCCUCCUCCACAUGAACCCAUAGUUGCUCAAGAUGGAACCGAGCACAACCUGAACGAAUACUUUAACAUAUCCGGUUCAGAUGCUAUCACGGAUAUUAAAACCAGUUCAGUCAAAGAUGCAGUGUUCACCCAGAAACACGGUAUCGUGAUAAAGGAAAAUCAGCUUGAAGAAUUAUUUUCUCAUAUAUCUUUACAAUAGCAGCACGAUUCAAAUUAGAUAUAUCAUAUUAUUGAUCUGGGUUUGUUCAUGUUCUGAUGUUCAGCUAUCAUCUUUUAAUUUAAAGAUGCUUGAUUAAAUACUGUUGCAUUAAAUUGGAAAGGUAAUACUACUCUCACCCUAUUAAAAUUGUAAAUAAAAAUAUUUGAAAGACCAUUAAGGCAAGUACAUCUAACCUAAUUACUACU